ACACUAAUUGGACACCGAUGCGAUAACGAAUUUCUCGGCCGAUUCCAAAUCGGGCCAAGCAGAGUCUUACGCCUAACGCCCGGACCUCAUUUGAAAUCAACGGUUGACCGAACUGCAUUCGAUUGUGUGAACAAUUCAUCAUUCGCCGUUAAUUAAGGAAAAAGGUUUGUUCACCCAAGAUGUCGGAGGCCACUCAAGCAAAUGGACAUGCCGAGUCGUCGGAUCCCAAUUUGCCACCUUGGCUGCCCAGAAUCUCGCUGCAGAAUGCUGUGCGCGCUCAGAUCGGGGACUUUGAGAAGAUACGAUCGGUAACGCCGCAGCCGGCCAAUACCGGGGACAACUACUCCACCCUGAUGGUGCGCCUGCUGGUGGAAGUCGAGCUGCUGGAUCACAGCAGCAAGAGUGUGUCCUUUGUGCUAAAGGCUCAGCCCAACAACGAUGUAAUGGCCGCCAUACUCAGCAAGCUGCGGCUCUUCCAGAAGGAAGAGCAAAUGUAUCACAACUUUCUGCCGCAAUUCGAAAAGCUCUACGCCGACGCAGGCAAGAAGAUUAGAUUUGCCCCAAAGGCCUAUAAGCUUGAUCAGGACUUCGGCGUGGAUUAUGUGCUGAUGGAGGACUUGAAUCCGAACUCCUUUAAGAAUGCCAAUCGUUUGGCAGGCCUGGAUCAGGAGCACAUGGAGCAGGUGCUGGCCAAAUUGGCUGCUUUCCAUGCCGCUUCCGCCUGCUAUGUGGAGCACAAUGGUUUGUUCGGGGAGGACUUCACGGUGGGCGUCUUUAGCGAAGCCAAUCGCCAGUUGCUGCAGGAGUUCAAUGCAUCAGGCGCCUUCCUAGCGCAGCUCAAGAAAUGGAAAAAUUGCCAGAAAAUCUAUGAGAAAUUGGCCAAUAGCGAUGAUUAUUUGGUAGAUCGCCUGCUGCAGGAUCAGCAGCUGUCCACGCGGGAGUUCAAUGUGCUCAAUCAUGGCGAUUGCUGGAACUACAAUAUUAUGUUUCUGUACGAUGCCUUUGGCUCGAUAAAGGAAACGCUCUUUGUUGACUUUCAAGUCUGCAAAUACGGCUCCCCGGCAAAUGAUCUGUAUUAUCUGAUACUAUCCUCGGCAGCGCCCAACAUUAAGACCAAACAAUUUGACUACCUUGUGCGCUACUAUUUCGACCAACUGGUGGACAAUUUGAAGCUCUUGCAGUAUCAUCGCCCUUUGCCGAAGCUGAAGAAUUUACAUGCCGCCCUCUUUCGCAAUGGAUUGGCGGCCUAUUUGGUCGUCUCUAAGGUGCUGCCCGUGGUAAUGCUGGACAAGAACGAGCACCCCAAUUUGGAGGAUGACGACGCCAAGGUGAAGGUCGCCAUGUACACCAAUCCGAAAUAUGUUCAGGUAAUGACCGAAGUUCUGCCGUGGUUGGAUAAUCGCGGUCUGCUCGACUGGAAGUAAUUACCAUCAAAAUGCGUGUUAUUAUAAUAUACAACUAAAUUUUUGAUCACGCCAUGCUGCAAAAUGGCUUAUUAUUAUACAAAAUAAAAACAUGUCGAGAAAGAGACACAUUGCCAAAAGUCAAUUAACUAAACAAUAA